AUGGUCUCCAGGGGACCCCGCCUCAUGUUCCUGCUGCCCCUUAUCCUGCUGGCCGUUGGCCUGGCCCAGCUCAGCGAAGGAGCCAGCUACCAGCAAUUUGCAAGACAACAUGUCAACAACCCCAAGACCAGUGCCCGCAAUGACCGGAUCUACUGUGAUCUCAUGAUGCAGCGCCGGGGCCUGACCUGCUCUGCCUGCAAACCCACCAACACCUUCAUUGAUACCCCGAUAAACCAGCUCCAAGACAUCUGUAAAUAUGCAGGGACACCCGUUGGUGGUAAUCUCUACAACAGCCACAGAUCUUUCGACAUCACCGUGUGCCGGGUUUUGCCCGGCUCCUACCCAGGGAACUGUAAAUACAGGGCUGCAAUUGGCAACACGAGGAUCUACGUGGGCUGUGAAGAUCGGCUGCCCGUGCACUUAGAGCCAACAUACCUGCUCUGCCCUGGGAGCAUGGGACCCCCCUGUUCCCCACCCCACUUUGCUCAUGGGCAGUCCUCUGUCACUGGGGGCUAUCCUGCCCUGUCUCUUCCCCCCCCCACGGAAAACGCCCGCCAUGAAUCCCCACAGGGAUAUUCAGCAUCUCCUUAUCCCACAGGCCGGCAGCUUGGGGCCUGCAGGGGGAUUUCCCAUUCUGGGGGCCAGUUCCCAUCCAGAUGA